CGACUUAUGAGCGCGGAGCAAACUGUAACGUUAACCUAACGAUUAGUGAUUGUGGAAUAGGUGACCUGAGCAUAAGAAAAUUCGUCUGAUUGUUCAGCGGUGCUCGAUUAGUUGGUAUAUGUUGAAUGUCAUUAACAAGUUUACUUUUUAACUAGUGAAUUAGCUAAUAUUUCAACCUCUUUUUCUUUUGAAACAAUCUUCAUAACGAUAUUUUAAAUUUGUCAAUCCAAUCGAAAUCAUGUCAGAAUCCGAAGGUAAUUCAUUCAAUGAAAACGAAGAUGAUCAUGUUGUAGGAUUAGUGGAAUACAUUAACGGUCAAAACGCUGAAAUAGAACAAGCCAAUUUGAUACUCGAGGCAUCUGAAGGCGACAGUUGUACUUAUUCAAUGGGUUAUAUGAAACGACAAGCAUUAUAUGCUUGUUUGACUUGUACAGAAAAGGACAAAGAACCAGGUGCAAUUUGUUUGCCUUGCAUGUACCAAUGUCAUGAUAACCAUGAUUUGGUCGAAUUAUGGACAAAAAGAAAUUAUCGUUGCGACUGUGGAAAUGAUAAGUUUACAUCUCAAUGUCAACUAGAACCAGUUAAACUUGAAACAAAUGAUCUAAAUAUUUACAACCAAAAUUUUAAAGGUUUAUACUGCAUUUGUCAACGCCCUUAUCCUGAUCCUGAUUCUGAAAAUACUGAUGAGAUGAUACAAUGUAUUGUUUGUGAGGAUUGGUUCCAUAGCAAGCAUUUGGGCACUAAAGAUAUGAACCCAGAUGAUUAUUCUGAAAUGAUAUGUUCUGAUUGUACGUCCAAAUUAAGUUUUUUACCAGCCUAUAAACAUUUGAUAGUUACUGAUGAUCCAAUAGAGAAUAUUGAAAAAGGUGAUGAGACUGAGGAUGUUGAUAUAGUGGAUACAAAAAAGGAUAUAAAAGAGGAUAAAGACAAAUUGAAAAAUGUUGAAUCAAAUAAAAUGAUAUCUAACAAUGUUGCUAGCACAUCAAAAGGUCAAACGUGUAAGUUAAUAAAUGCCAAAGACUUAAAAAAAAUUACCGGUAGUUCCUUUUGGGUUGAAGGUUGGCGACAAGAACUUUGUACAUGUUCUGCUUGUAAUAAAUUAUAUGAAGCAGAAGGUGUUGCAUUUAUAACUGAUCAACAAGAUACAUUGCAAGCAUAUGAAAAUAAAAGCCGCGAGAGAAUGACAGCUAAAGAAAAACAAAGUGAAGAAGGUCUUUCCAAAGCCUUAUCAUCAAUGGAUAGAGUUGCAGCCGUGGAAUUGGCUCAUCAGUACAAUCAGUUUAAAGAAGAUCUGGGAGAAUGGCUUGGAAGCUUUAAAGGAGAUAAAGUAGUAAAAGUAGAAGAUGUCCAAGAAUUCUUUUCUGGUAUGCAAGCAAGAAAGCGUGCUAGAACAGAUGAUGGAAUUCCACCAAGUUUUUGUCGUUAGGAUCAAUAAAUACUUAAAUUUAAAUUUAAAUUAUAAUUUUAGAUUCAGUCAUCAAUAAGACAUUAUUUUAAGGUAAACAGGAUAAUAAUUAUUUCUUUUAUAUUGUUUUUUUUUUUUAAAAAUUAAAUUUAAACUUACAUUUUCUAUUAUAUA